AUGACUGCAAAACCCGUACUCUACUACUUUGAUGGAAGAGGCAAAAUGGAGUCGAUCCGCUGGCUGCUGGCUGCAGCUGGGGUCGAGUUUGAAGAGGUGUUUUUGGAAACACGAGAGCAGUAUGAGAAACUCCUGCAAAGUGGAGUCCUCAUGUUCCAGCAAGUGCCCAUGGUGGAGAUCGAUGGGAUGAAGUUGGUGCAGACCAGAGCCAUCCUCAACUACAUCGCAGGGAAAUACAACCUCUACGGGAAAGACCUGAAGGAGAGAGCCCUGAUUGACAUGUAUGUUGGGGGAACAGAUGACCUUAUGGGCUUCUUAUUGAGUUUCCCGUUCUUAUCAGCUGAGGAUAAGGUGAAACAAUGUGCCUUUGUAGUUCAGAAGGCUACAAGCAGGUACUUCCCAGCAUAUGAAAAGGUUUUGAAAGACCAUGGCCAGGACUUUCUUGUUGGCAACCGUCUCAGCUGGGCAGAUAUUCAUCUUCUUGAAGCCAUUUUAAUGCUAGAAGAGAAGAAGUCAGAUGCUCUCUCGGGAUUUCCUCUGUUACAGGCAUUUAAAAAAAGGAUAAGCAGCAUCCCCACAAUCAAGAAGUUCCUAGCGCCUGGAAGCAAGAGAAAACCUAUUUCUGAUGAUAAAUACGUGGAGACUGUGAGGAGGGUUCUCCGGAUGUAUUAUGAUGUAAAACCAAAUUAG